AUGGGCUCUUCUAUAAACUAUCCAGGGUUUGGGAGCAAGUCGCACCAGUACAAUGAUAACGGCGCCGAGCAGUUCGAGCAUGAUGAGGCAUGGAAGCACAACGGGAGCGCACCGACCGGUUCAAACGACUCGAAACUGUACAAGAAAAAUUACGUGAACAAGGCCAGUAGUGCCGGCGGCAAUAAUGGCGGCAACGGUAGUGGUACAGGUACUGCGACCUCGAAUCUGUCGCUCGCGCUCAAAAAUUCCAACUUAAAAUCUGCACCGGAGCCGCAAAAUCACAGCGAGCAACCUAUGGGGGCAGGUGCGGCGUCAAUUCCAGAGCCAGCCGCUGUUGCGAUGCCCUUGGAGCUGCUGCAGCAGGGCCAGAACAUUGUGGCAGACGAAGACUGUCUUGAGGACGAUUAUUCGUCGUGUGAUGAGAAAAACGAAGAGUCGCUCAAGGACUAUAAACCAGGCGGCUACCAUCCGGCUUUCAAAGGAGAAAAAUAUAAAAACGGCAGGUAUAUGUUGGUACGGAAACUGGGAUGGGGUCAUUUUUCGACAGUGUGGCUUGCUAAAGACCUACAGAAUUCUAAGAACACACAUGUUGCAGUCAAAGUUGUCAGAAGUGAUAAAGUUUAUACAGAAGCAGCAUUGGAUGAAAUCAAGCUAUUAAGAAGAAUGCGUUCCAACACGGAACAAGAUCAUUUGGGGUCCAGUCAUACCCUUUGUCUAUUGGAUAAUUUCGUUCACUCAGGGCCCAAUGGCGAGCAUAUAGUGAUGGUUUUCGAAGUGCUGGGUGAGAAUUUAUUGGCAUUGAUAAAAAAAUACGAGCAUAGAGGAAUUCCGAUGAUUUAUGUCAAACAGAUAUCAAAACAACUGUUGUUGGGAUUAGAUUAUAUGCAUAGGCGAUGCGGUAUAAUCCAUACAGAUAUCAAGCCAGAAAAUGUUUUAAUGGAAAUAGGUGAUGUUGAAAGUAUAGUUGAAAUGGUCGAAGCAAUGGAUAAAGAAAAAAAAGACUGGAGAAGGCUUCAAAGACAAGCAUCUGCAGAGUUGACACAAUCUCCGUCUCCAUAUGGUUCUCAGCAACAGGUUUCCAACUUAGCAUCCUCAACAUCUACCGAAUCACCACCAAUUAAAAGAAUCCCAAGUAGAAGGCCAAGAAGACAUACAGUUAUUACGGAGUCUCAACCACUACCAUCUCCUUUAAGUUCUACGAAUUUCCAUGAGAUGAAGUAUCAGUUCUUGGGUUAUAAUAAUAGUUCUGGCACGCUAACCUCAUCAAAUUUUCAAAAUAUGUUGCAUUCCAAAAGUAAUGUGGCUAUUCAAAACCCAUUAAUGAAUAAUCCUUUUACAAUCUCACCGGCAAAUGAUACAACCAAUAACCCAAAUGCAUUUAAAGAUACCCAAAUAAAUGAAGAACAAUUAGCCACAUCAUUUUCAUCCUUUGAUAUAUCACAAUCCGAUGAAGUAAAUCCAGUUGAAGUAGGAAUUUCCCCGAAUGAUUCAUCUGCAAUUAAUGAUAAUAACAUUAUCCAAAUUAAAAUCGCUGAUUUAGGCAAUGCAUGCUGGUAUGAUGAACAUUAUACAAGCUCAAUUCAAACCAGAGAAUAUAGAGCCCCUGAAGUUUUGAUGGGUGCCCCAUGGGGUUGCUGUGCUGAUAUUUGGUCUACAGCAUGUUUAAUAUUCGAGCUGAUCACCGGCGAUUUAUUGUUUGAACCUAAUGGCGGACAUUCAUAUUCAAAGGAUGAUGAUCAUAUAGCUCAAAUACUUGAAUUACUAGGCGAGAUGCCUAGCUAUCUUUUACAGGAAGGGAAGUACGCAAGAAAGUUUUUUAAUUCAAGGGGCCAAUUGAGAAACAUUUCAAAGUUAAAACACUGGCCAUUAAAGAGUGUUCUGACCGAAAAAUAUCAUUAUUCUCCAGAAGAAUCACAAGAUAUUGCAGAUUUUUUAUUGCCCAUGUUGAACCUCGAUCCAAGGAAGAGAGCUGAUGCAGGAGGCCUGGUAAACCAUCCGUGGCUCAGGGAUACUUUGGGAAUGGAAAAUAUAAGUUUACCGGAUAGGAAAUUAUACGAGAGUGGCUCAGAUAUACCUGGCUGGUACCAAGAAGUUACCGGACAUCCAAGGCAUUGA